AUGCCUUACAUUAAGAGCGAGCCCGAUGACUUCGGCAACAACCCUAAUCGAUUCAUGUCAUCGGCCAACUAUGGCAACUCUCAGAGCUAUGGCAACCAGUUCAACAACCAGCAAGAUGGCGGGAGCAUUGACCCCUCACAACUCUCCAUGCCGACUACCAACUAUGGCAGCAUGCCAUACAACUAUGGCGGAAACGCUAUCUCGUCCAGUUUCGGCAUCGGCCCUGUGAGCGCCGGCUACGCCGACAGCGAGUUACUAGAGUCUCUCGACUUCGGAAACAACAAUGGCCAAGGCAUGUUUGAUGAUUUCACUAUGGCGAAUCCACCGAACAGCAAUAACAGAAAUCCAGGUGCCGUCCAAAUGGACCAGCAGAACCAGGUGCCACACGUCUAUUCAAGUACGCCCGACGGACCUCCCAUUCAGAGCCCAUUCCUAGGCACCUUUGACUACAAUCAAUUUCGGCCCAUGGGCUCCCUUCCCACGCACAUGUCGCCUCAUCAGGGCUCCCAAUUUGGAAAGCGUCCUAGCAUUCAGGCGACAAAUCGGAAAUCGUCCGAUCAGAGAUCUCCUCUGACUCCACGUACGGCUGGGAUAGCGGGACUUCAGAUCGGGACCCCAGAGUCGGGAAAUCUCGCCAAUGGUCGCCCCAUCCGUGCUCCAAAUGUCCAGAACCGACAUGCUAAGACCUUGUCGGGACAGUACGACAGCACUCCCGGGAGCUUUCAUUCAUACCUAGAUUCUCCGUUGUCAUCCCCUGGCAAUGGCAUUCACCAUGCUGGCAUUUCUGAGACACUUGGACCUGGUCAUCACGCCUCCCUGCCUGCCAAAGUCGAUACCGGACUCAGCACUAGCAAUGCAGAGACUGCCGAGGCGAAAAAGCGGAGGAGACGGGCAUCCCACAACGCCGUUGAACGGAGACGGCGGGACAAUAUCAACGAACGCAUCCACGAUUUGUCUCACUUAGUGCCCCAACAUCGCUUGGAAGAUGACAAGAUCAAGAAACAGCUGCAGAGUAGCGGACCGCUGUCGCCCACUACUGGCGCCACGAGCAUGAGCCCGCCAAAUGCUAACAGUGCUGCCACGUCAUUACUUGCAGGUGCAGCCGGUCGUCGCGCUGCCAGCACUGCUGGGAAUAUCACGAUUGGAUUGCCGGUUGAGGAAAAGGAGAAAGGUCCUAACAAAGGCGACAUCCUCAACGGAGCAGUGGCAUGGACUCGGGAUCUUAUGUGGGCGCUUCAUCAAAAGUACCAACAGGAAGAUGAACUGGCGCAAUACAUCCAAACGAUAGGUGGUCAAUGGCCUUUCCAAGUAACAGAAGACGAGAAGCGCAUGCGUUCCGAGGUGUUAGAUGCUAUGGAGAAAAAUGAUUCCAGCACCUUUUCCUACUCACGCACAGAUGGCUCCGGGCUGCGGGUCCCUCGGCACACCAAUGUCGCCGGCGAACGAAUCCAAAACAACAAUCCCAGCCUCAGUCCUCAAAGCAACUUCGAACUCAGCCCUGGCUUCCAUAGUGGAGGCAGCGGCACCAACAGUGGCAGCAAUGGGCCUGGCCAAACACAAUACUGGCACAGCGCUGGACAUACAGGCAUCAGCUUCAAGGAAGAAGACGAGUUCAUGGACAUGAAUUGA